CAUUCUCACUUCAUCAUCUCUCUCUACUGAAACUCUCGCUUUCUCUUUCAACAAUCACAUUUACUUUGAAAGAGAAGAGAUGAACUAGUCGACUACUGAGCGAGCGAGCCAGACAAAACUAAUUCAGAUGGGAAUGUCCGAACGAUGAGCACAGCAGGGGCCGACGAAGAAGACGAGGAAGAAGAACGUUUCUACGACUCUCUUGAUCAUAUCCUUUCUUCAAAUUCCUUAUCAUCUUCCACUUCAUCAUCUUCUGAAGAAGAAGAAGAAGAAGAUAAAUAUUCUAAUUCAAGCUCGGAUUCCCAUAAUUAUGCCCCGGACUGUCCGGUACCAAUCCCUAGAUUUCCUAUUGCCGUUUCCAAUAACUACGAUGUAUGGAUAUCCGAACCUUCCUCUGUCCAAGAACGUCGUCUGCGUCUCCUCCGCCGUUUCGGCCUUAGCCGUGAUCCUCUUCUAUCCUCGGCAACCGACGACGAUUUCCAUGGAGAUUUUGACAGAUCGUUCUCUGCGGAUCAGUUAAGCAAUAGUCGGCAAAAAAGUGGUAAUGUUUCUUGCAGUUAUUCCAACGCACGCGAUCAUCUUUCCCUUCAUCAUCUAGCUGAUGGCCAAUUUGUAAGUAAUCGUAGCGUUUUACUUGAAGCUCGAAGUUGUAAUGCAUCAUCACUCAAUAAACCGCCUACUGGUAAGAAUAGUAGGAAGGUGGAAGAGACACGAAGCGAUUCUAUUAGCUCAAACGUUAAUAUUGUUGAAAACGGUAGUAAUGGAGAAUUACAUGUUUUGGAUUUUGAUGAUGUUAAUGAAUCUGUAUGUAGAAUUAAGGAUCUCGACAAUGGGAAGGAGUUCGUUGUCGAUGAGUUUCGUGAUGAUGGUAUGUGGAAUAAGUUGAAAGAAGUGAGCACUGGAAGGCAGCUGACAAUGGAGGAAUUUGAUAUGUCUGUUGGGCAAUCACCUAUAGUUCAAGAAUUGAUGAGGAGACAGAAUAUUGAGGAUCUGAAUAAAGAUGAUAUGUAUAAUCACAGUGAGAAUGGAAGUUCAGAGACUGUUUUAAGAUCAAGGAAGAAAGGAGGAGGAGGAGGAGGAGGAGAUUGGUUAAAGAGUAUAAGGCAUGUGGCAGCAAGUGCAGUGAAAGGGAGAAAAAGCAGUGAUGAACGAGACACUUCGUCGGAGAAAGGUGGGAGAAGGUCUAGCUCUGCAACCGAUGAUAGCAAAGAUGGUUCAUUCCAUGGACCUGAAAGAGUUCGUGUUCGACAGUAUGGAAAAUCAUGUAAAGAGCUCACUGGAUUGUACAAGAACCAGGAGAUAAAUGCUCAUAAUGGUUCCAUUUGGACUUUAAAAUUUAGUUUGGAUGGGAAAUAUCUUGCCAGUGCAGGAGAGGAUUGUGUCAUUCAUGUUUGGCAGGUUGUUAAAACUGAGAAGAGAGGAGAUCUGUUGUUGGAAGAUGGGAAUCUCAACUUCUUACUUGUGGCUGGUGGGUCACCUGAACCAACUUUAAUGAUGUCCCCAAGAAACGAAUUUGGAAAUAAGGAGAUGAAGAAGAAGAGAAGAGGGAGGAAGUUAUCUUUCAGUCAAAAAUCCAUUAAUCUUGAUCAUGUUCUUGUGCCAGAGACGGUUUUUGGAUUAUCAGACAAGCCUAUUUGUUCAUUCACAGGUCAUUUGGAUGAUGUGCUGGAUCUAUCGUGGUCGAAAUCACAGCAAUUGCUCUCAUCAUCAAUGGACAAAACUGUGAGAUUAUGGGAUUUGUAUAGCAAGUCAUGCUUGAAGAUCUUCUCACACAGUGAUUAUGUGACGUGCAUUCAGUUUAACCCUGUGGACGAAAGGUAUUUCAUUAGCGGAUCGUUGGAUGGUAAAGUUCGCAUAUGGAGUAUCCCUGAUCGUCAAGUUGUUGAUUGGAGUGAUCUGCGUGAAAUGGUCACUGCUGCUUGUUAUACACCAGAUGGAACGGGAGCGUUUGUUGGCUCUUACAAAGGGAGCUGCCGGCUAUAUAACACAUCAGAGAACAAAUUGCAACAAGAAUGUGAGAUAAAUCUUCAAAACAAGAAAAAGAAGUCUCAUAAAAAGAAAAUAACAGGUUUUCAGUUUGUACCAGGAAGUUCAUCGGAAGUCCUUGUAACUUCUUCUGACUCGCGAAUACGUGUUAUUGAUGGUGUGGAUUUGGUUCACAAGUUCAAAGGCUUUCGCAACAGCAACAGUCAAAUAUCAGGUUCCAUUACAGAAAAUGGGAGGUAUGUGGUAUGUGCAAGCGAAGACUCUCAUGUAUAUGUUUGGAAACAGGAAGAGGAGUGGUCGUAUGGAGCUGCUGCUACUUCUACUACUACUAGACGAAGAAGCAAAGGAGGAGGUGUCUCUGUUGCUGGAGCUUACGAGCAUUUCCACUGUGAAGAUGUUUCGGUUGCCAUUCCUUGGCCUGGGGUGUCGGAUUUUAGGAAUAGUCUACAUUUUGAUCAAUCAGAAGAAAUAUGUGCCCCUAAUCAUCUUCAGAAGAAAUGCAAUGGAAUCAUUUCUGGUGCUUCCAGCGGAUACUUCUUUGAUAGGAUAUCCCCUGCGACUUGGCCGGAGGAGGAGGAGGAAAAGCUUCACCCUGCCGCCACCAAAAGGCAUAGCCCGCGAGUUAGCCUCGAUGAUUUCUCAGAUGGGUUGGGCCAAAAUAAGUCUGCUUCUUGGGGAAUGGUAAUUCUAACUGCUGGCCUUAAAGGAGAACUCAGGACUUAUCAAAAUUUUGGAUUACCAAUUGGGGGGAUAUAACUAUAUAUAUAUAUGAAAAAACCCGACAAACUCAUCACAAAUGGCGAUUCUAGUAACGAUUCUUUUACUACU